AUGACAUCUCCUCUGUCUCGGUGCAGUCUCAUGAUAACAGUUUUGUUGUGCAUUAGUGCAGUGAUGGUAACUUCAGAAGGUCCUAGAGUUUUCAAGGUUGGAGACGAGUUCCAGUGGAGAGUUCCACUCCAGAAUGAUACAUCGGUUUACAGCCACUGGGCGAGCACCAACCGCUUCCACAUCGGCGAUUCUCUCACGUUUGUGUACGACAAGGACUCGGUGAUGGAAGUGGACAAGUCGGGUUUCUACCACUGCGACGCUAGCGAUCCAAUCACAGCGUUUGACAAUGGAAACAGCACGUUUUUCCUUGACCGUCCUGGUCUCUUCUACUUCAUUAGCGGCUCCGAUGGUCAUUGCACUAGUGGACAGCGUCUUAUCGUCGAAGUGAUGCAUAUCCACCACCACCAGCACCACCACGACGCUUCCUUGCCUCCAGCCAUGUCGCCUCUCUCUGCCUCCUCUCCCUCUGCAUCUGGAUUUGACUCUGAUCCUGAUCCUUCUUCUUCUGCUGCCUCCUCCUCCCAGCUCGCUUCCUUCGUCCUUCCAUUUGCCGCACUUCUUAUUGCUCUUUUCUGA